GGCCAGGUUACCCUAGUUAGAUCGCACCGGAAGCCGCGGCCGAAAUCGUCGCAGCGCGCAAGCGCGUCGUGCGCAGCGUCAGGCAGCAGCCUGCGCGUUCUCACACCAUCAGCGCGAAGCGAUGGUCGCGGAGACGAUGGGGCCAUCGGCAAAACAGGUUUCACACGCUUUGUUGCAGUGGCAUCGGCAACUUUACGAUUGCGACGCGCGAACGACAACCAAGACUCCUGACGAAUUAUGGCCGCAGCUCUCCAGCUCACCACGACGGUCGGCGAACACAAGUCGGCCUACGACGACCGCUACACGGGCUACACGGGUGCUUUAGUUAUUCAAGCCCCCAGCUACCAGCAGGCCAAAAGAGAUCUGCUGGACCAAGGCGAGCAGUUCCUAGAGGACACGUGGUCCACCCUCGUCACGGUGCCGGACGCCGCUAGGCAGUUCCUCGACAAACAGCAGCUCGGCGUGAUCGGCGACGGGUUUCUCAAUCACUGCGAGCGGUCCAUCCGCGGCUUGUGUAAGUUGAAUUUGGCGGACCAAAUUCAAGAACUCCAAGGCCCGACGGGCCGCUACCCGGGACCGACCUGGUUGUCGUCCUCGCGCCAGCUCAGCACCGACGGUAUUACGUUGCUCGUGUCCUACGUCACGCCCGUGUCCUAUGCUGCCUAUCUAGAGAAAAACUUCGAAGGGGAGAGCAAGAAGCGCAAGUACCAGGGCGAGACGGUCAUCGACCAGACGAUCCAGGCCGCCGACAUUAAAUGUGUGACGUGGUUGCACGAUCAUGUCGGGACGGCGGGCUUCACCAUGGACCAGUUCAAGGACUUUCGAAAGGAGUUCAAGGACUUGAAGCUCGACCACGAGAAGUACAAGGCCGUCAAGAGCGGCCCGGAGUUCUACAAGAUGAUGUCGGGCGAGAGCGACCCGGUCAAGAAGGCGUGGAUGCAGUACCACAUCGACAAGGGCCUCAUCGACACGCGGCAGAUCCCCCAGGAGGUCAUCGUGUACUACAAGGGGCUGGGUGUCAAGUUCCCGGGCCUCUAAGGAGGUUCUCACGUCCGAGUUGCGCGCGUCCCUUCGGGUAAUUAGGGGUGCAUACUUUACGAGCUAG